AUGCAAAACGAAAACGCCCGAGAUAAACCUCGUCUUCAAAUUAACGUUCGCAAAUCGCAUCUACCAAGCAUUGUCACAACAGCUACUCCAACCACUUCGUCCUCAACUCGUUUGGUGGGGAACGACCUGGUCAAGACGCCUCUUACGCCAUCGGAGGCCCAAAGUAUGAUCAUGAAGCAGUCUGUUUUGAUGGGCAAUAUGCUCAGACCCACAAAUAACGUACCGGUUGGAAUCAAAGGUUUAAGUCCUACUGAGCUCCACAAGGUCCUGUCGGGACCUGAUGCUAACAAUAUUUUGCUCAUUGACGUGCGGCCGGUUGUUCCAUCAUCAAAUACACGCAUCAAAAAUGCAGUUCCCUUGUGUGUUCCCUCUACGUUGCUAAAACGGACCUCUUUUAACAUGGAGAAAAUCGUCGAGCUCAUGGGCAGCGACGUCAGAGAACGGCUGAACAAUUUAGAAAAGGCAAAAUACGUUGUGUUAUAUGAUGAAGCCACUCUCGACUUAAAAACGUGUGGCCCCAACGCUUUGUACCAUACUAUCAGCAAAGUCCAAGCUUCUGGACGCGCAGAUGGUCGUUUAUAUUUUUUGGAAGGUGGGUUUGGUCGCUUUAAGAACGAUUUUUCAGAACACGUCGAAGAUCUUCCCGAAGACUCUGCCACUACAGACUACACCUAUUUCACUUCGCCCUCUUCCGGACCGAACUAUUUAUCGGGUAACAACAAUUUGGUGUCGCCGGCGACGCCGUUUUCACUUAGGCCAGUACUGACAAGUUUGCGUUCGUCGCCAACUUGGGCGCGCGUUCCUCCAGCUACUGCAGUGGCUGCUGUCGAUAAUACCAACCUGACAGUACUCGACCUUGUCUGUGACAUGAAAGACAGUUUGCCGUAUUCGCUUCGACAGAUUGUGGAGGAAACGCUAGCUGGACGAAACCCAAUCGCUGAGAAAUUCAGCAAAUUACAGUCUGAAGAGCAAUCUAGACUUACCCAAGCUUAUUUUAGAGAUGUUGGCAGCAACAACAGCUCUGCAUCAACAAGCUCCCGUUUGCUAAGGACAGUAAACAGCAGCAUCAACGCAAAUGCCGUAUCGCCAUGCUUGAGCCCAUUGCCUAAAGAAGAUGAUGGUUUCGAAUAUGUGCUGUAUACUGGUUCCGACCAAUCUAAAAAUCGCUACAGUAAUGUUUGCCCUUAUGACCACAAUCGCGUCCUGGUUGGUCAAGAUGGCUAUAUCAACGCCAGCUAUAUUCGCACAUCUAUUUCCAAGCUACGAUACAUCGCAGCUCAGGCACCUGUACCGAAUUCGUUUUGUGAUUUCUGGAAAGUCGUGUUUGAUCACCGGGUACCGGUAAUUGUGAUGCUCACUGCCCUUGCUACUCAAGGGGGACACGUAAAAUCUCACAAAUACUGGGAAGUUGGCGAUUAUGGAGGCGUCCAGAUAACUUCCUUAGAGGAAGAAACCUUUGGUAAUGAUGGUGUCACCGUGCGCUAUAUUACUCUUCAGAAGGGCCCUGAUACCCACAAACUUGUUCAAAUGCAGUACACAAAAUGGACGGACUUGGGACGUCCGGAAAAAGUUGAGGAUGCCAUCGAACUAGUCCGCCUUAAGAAUCAAUUACUGCAAGAUUAUAAGAACUCGGUCAUCGGUUCUGACUGGGUUCUGGUACAUUGCAGUGCUGGAUGCGGCCGCACAGGGUCUUUCUGCAUUAUUGAUUCCGUUAUCGACUACUACAGAAAACUGCCGAGGUUUGACCGUGCGGAGGAUACUAAAGAUCAUAUUUACGAGACAGUCCAUGAGCUGAGACGGCAACGACUGGGCAUGGUUCAAGUUCAGCGUCAAUUUAGUUUAUGCUAUGAGGCCGUCAUUCUGUGGUACUGUAAACACUAUCUGGCGGAAGAGGGCGAUCUUGACAGCAGCUGCUCAGCGGAUUCUGAACCUCAUUAA